AGCUUGAAUUAGGAGAUUAAUUGUUCUCUGCAACUUAUAAAAGAGAACCCUUUGAACCCAUUUGUUUCAGUCAAUUCAUCUUUGCAAUCAUGAAGUUUCUAUUCCUUCUUUUUCUUUCUCUUUCUCUUUCUCUUUUCUUCUUUGUUGGGUUAUCAUCAUCAUCAUCAUCAGCUACCUCUGUUCAAUUCAUCAACUCCACAUCCAAACUCCAUGGACACAAUAUAUCAGAUUUCAAGGUAUUGAAUAGAAAAAGAUUGUUGGAGUGUUCAGAUCAGAAUCAGAAUCAGAAUCAUCAAAACAUUCAAAUCAGUGUAACCUCAAAAUCUGGAUCUGGGUUACUUGUGAAUGAUGAUUAUGUGAAAGUUACAGUUACUGGGGUUUCAAAUCCUUCAGGAAAAGAUUGGAUUGCCAUGAUUACACCUUCUCAUCCUGAUAAUAAAGCAGUGAAAUCUUGUCCUGAUAUUGGAAGCAACUAUUUUUUGAAUGGUGAUACAAGCGAUCUUCCUCUUCUUUGCCAUUAUCCUGUCAAGGGACAGUACAUGAGUCAAGAUCCAAACUAUUUGAAUUGCAAGAAGGGAGGAAGGAAUAGUAGUUGCAGUGGGACAUUGAGUUUCCAUGUUGUGAACUUUAGAACUGAUAUGGAGUUUGUGUUAUUUAGUGGAGGAUUACAAAACCCUUGCUUCAUUAAACGGUCUGGUCCUAUUGGGUUUGCUAAUCCCAGGGCUCCUUUGUUUGGUCAUCUUUCCAGUGUAGAUUCCACUGGAAAAUCGAUGAGAUUGACAUGGGUUAGUGGAGAUAAAACACCUCAACAAGUUAAGUAUGGAGAUGGAAAAUCCCACACAUCACUAAUUGCCACAGCACAAGUUUCUACUUUUCCCCAAAAAGAUAUGUGCAAUGGUGAUACUGGUGGAUCUGAAUGCCCAGCCUCUGAUUUUGGUUGGCAUCACCCUGGCUACAUUCACUCUGCUGUGAUGAUUGGUCUCAAACCUUCAACCACUUAUUUUUAUAGCUAUGGAAGUGGUUCAGCUGGUUGGAGCAACCAAACCAAAUUUCAUACUCCCCCAGCUGGAGGUUCACAUAAGCUCAAAUUCGUAGCGUAUGGAGACAUGGGAAAGGCCCCCCUUGAUCUAUCAACUGAGCACUACAUUCAGCCAGGUUCAAUAUCAGUAAUUAAAGCUAUAUCUAAGGAAGUUGAGAAAGGCAAAGUUGACUCAAUCUUCCACAUUGGAGAUAUUAGCUAUGCCACUGGCUUCUUAGUAGAAUGGGAUUACUUUCUUCAACAAAUCUCACCUGUGGCAUCUCAUGUUCCCUACAUGACUGCAAUUGGAAACCAUGAGAGAGAUUACCCAGACUCUGGAUCAGUUUAUGGCCUCUGGGACUCUGGUGGUGAAUCUGGAGUUCCUUAUGAGACUUAUUUUCAAAUGCCCACAGCCACAAAGGACAAGCCAUGGUACUCUAUAGAGCAAGGGCCUGUUCAUUUCACUGUAAUUUCAACUGAGCAUAACUUCAGCCUUGGUUCUGAGCAAUCUGAAUGGAUCAAAAAGGACUUGUCUUCAGUUGAUCGAUCAAGAACACCUUGGGUAAUUUUUCAAGGACAUAGACCCAUGUAUACAUCUGCACCUCCAUUCUUUCCACCAAAUGUUGACCCAACAUUCACUGCAAGCGUGGAGCCUUUACUAGUACAACACAAGGUUGAUCUAGUUCUUGCUGGCCAUGUCCAUAACUAUGAAAGAACUUGUUCCCUUCAAGAUGGUAUCUGCAAAGCCAGGCCUUGGAAAGACAGAAGGGGUAUUGACACAUAUGACCACAACAACUAUAAGGCUCCAGUUCAUGCUAUCAUUGGAAUGGCAGGAUUCAAAUUGGAUGGUUUCAAUGAUACUGUUGAUAGCUGGAGUAUGGUUAGGAUUUCUGAAUUUGGAUACACUAGAUUCCGCGCAACAAGGAAAGAGAUAAGGGUAAAGCUUAUGAAUGCGAAUACGAAUAAGGUCGAGGAUGCUUUCAGAAUCAUAAAAAAAAAGAUCAAGAAGUAGAAAAGAGACUUAGAGAGCUAGAUAUGAGAAAGUGGACAGAAAAAACAGUUUUUAGGAAGAUGCUUCUAAGUUGAGAAGUGAUAUAACUAUGGGUACAUGUACAGAUUUUGUAAGGAAAAGUUUCAGUUAUAGUAUUGUAACAUUGCUAACUUUUAUUGUUUUUAUACAAUCUGUGGAUCUUUUCUUUGCA